AUUCGCGCACUCGCGCGGAGAGCUCUGAUUGACGCACCUGUGAAGAAGCAGGGCCGCGCGCACCAACACACACACAGGCGCUGCGCAACCGGAGGAACCUACUGCUGUCGGGCUGCUGACAUUUCAGCGGUGGAGACACCGGGCACCAUGAGUCUGUAGGCAGCUACAGCAGCUCCUGCAAUGUCCUACAGCUACAUCCAUCCACAUUAGAGAAGUGAAGACCGGGGACGUCAGCCUCUUUACACACAGCACCCGUUUCUGUGAAGCGACACGAAGGGGUCAUGCGGGACCGGCUGGAGGACUUGGAGGUCAUUCAGGAGGAGGGGUCGGAGGGCGAGUGGGCGGCGGCCAGCGACUCGGAUGAUGACGCCGACGAGGGGGACCUGAAGCCGCAGGCGGUGGUGUUCGAGGAGGACUCGGACAUGGAGGAGCUGCUGAAGGAGGCGCAGGCCAUGCGGCGGGAGAUCGGCGAGCUGCGUCUGGAUGUGGAGCGCCUGCGGAAACAGACGUCGCACGCCACGCAGACGGUCCGGCGCCUCAGCACCAUCUACCGCAGCUCCAACGCCAUCGGGGGGGACGUGAAGAUCCGUGCCGAGGGCCUCGUGCGGCGACUGACCGCGUACGACCAGCGGCGGCAGGACCUGGAGGAGAGGCACGGGCCCAUGGCCGCCGUGGUGCGCAUCGCACGCGCUCAGUACAGCGCCAUCAGCCACGCGCUGCGGCAGGCCAUGGCCGAGUACAACGCCGCAGAGCAGGAGCAGCGCGACUGCUGCCGUCAGCGCUUCCAGAGGCAGGCCGAGAUCCUGGGACGCAACGUCACCACCGAUGAGGUGGACCAGAUGGUGGCGGAGGGAGGCUGGGGGGUGUUCAGUCAGGACCUGAACCCCGAGGGGAUGACUGCGCGCUGCGCCUUCAAGCAGAUCAAGGAGCGGCACAAGGAGCUGAUCGAGCUGGAGGCGCGUCUGCGUGAUGUCCACGCGCUCUUCCUGAACCUCGCCAUGAUGGUGGAGGAGCAGGGGCCCAUGCUCAACCACAUCGAGCACAACGUGCUGUCCACGCACGAGUACCUGCUCUGCGUCAACGAGAGCUUCAAGACCGCCAUCAAGUACCGCAAGAAGAACCCCUGCAUCAGGAUGUGCUGCGGCUGCUUCCCCUGCUGGAAGAACGCCACCGGCUAAACACACACACACACACACACACACACAUAUACACACGCACACACACGGGGAACUCCUGCAUCAGGAUGUGCUGCGGCUGCUUCCCCUGCUGGAAGAAUGCCACCGGCUACACACACACACGUAUGAGCACACACACACACACACACACAAACACAUGCGCGUGCGUGAGGCACACAAUAUCCUGCAUGCGUUACUUGAAUUUUAUGUCCUUUACUGAAGGUCUCCUGUAGAGACGUGUGUGUGUGUGCAUCUGUUGUAAACACUUGAAGUAGUCAUUCAUGUUGGGGAAGUGAACUUUGUGAUUGUGUCCUGAAUUAAUAUGUUUGUUGUGAGUCUGUUUAAAUAAUGCGAUUAUGUCUUAAUGUGUGUGUGUGUGUGUUGUGAGUCUGUUUAAAUAAUGUGAUUAUGUCUUAAUGUGUGUGUGUGUGUGUUGUGAGUCUGAGCAGGCUGCUUCACGCAUGUCUGUAAUUCUAUCACCACUGGAGAGGAGAGCUGUGUCUGUCUGUGUCGGUCACUGAACACACCAAAUGAAGGAAGUGUGUGUGUGUGUCUGAACGCCCAGUCAGACUUAGAACUCUGGGGAUGACUAAUAACUUAUAAAUACAUUCAAUGAAAUAUACAUUAGUAAGGAAUGUUAAUGAUUGAUGUUUGUGAUAGCUAUAUUUAAGAUAAAGUGGAAAUAUAUUCUUGCUGUAUAUAAUAGUUUUAUUUUACAUUAAGUGAGAUUGUGAGGCAAUUCAAAUUUCUUGAAAUGUUUGAGAGAUGUGUGUUUUUGUGCUGUUCGUUCAUUUCCAAACAUAUAAUAAAUGGAGAUGGCAAUGUA